AUGGACCCGACUUCGCCCUCGUACAACAGUGCGCCUGUCCGGCGAUCGCAAUUGCUCACGUCUAUCUCAGAAUUGAGACAAGGAAUCCAAUCUGCUGAGGCCGAGAUUGAUCGCAUUGAGAACCGGAUCUCAUACAAAGAGGACUGGCUCAAAGAGCUUAAAUCUGAACGCAUCGCCGCUGAUAUCCCUAAACCGGCAAUUGACAAGGCCAUUAAGCAGACACAAGCACUCAUCAAAGAGAUCGAAGAGACCCUCAUUGCGAAGACAGAUGAGAUAGCACGCCUGAAAAGCAAGCUGAAGAAGAAGGAGACAAAGCUUGCAGCGAUCCCACAAAUCGAGUCAUCCAGUGCGCCCAACCCCAAAGACAACGAAGAUGCGGCAGCACUGCUUGAAGUCACAGCCACCCCCAUGAAUGCCAUCUUCACAAUCAGUGAAGACGGCAAGACCUACCUUAACCCGCCCAUGCUUCGGGGUGUCCCAGUCGCACCCAUCAGCGAAACCGGCUCAUACUGGAACCCCUUGUGGAAAAAGUUUGCAGAGGCAGUCAACGAAGAGAAGGUGGAAAGGGAUUAUCAAGAAUAUCUCUUGAUCAGACAUCAGCGAAUGCUCCAAGGACCCCUCCCAGCAUCAGAGGAUGACCCAGAGCAUGUCUUCAAGAGAUACCAGCGCAGCUUGCGGCAAGCCAAGGUCACAACGCAGUGGUUCAAUCCAGGACACACAAUCCAUCCUAAUCAACUCAUGGCAAAGGAACACUUGCCUGAGACUGGGAUCUGCGACAACUAUGUUCUCUACAAGAUCUGCAACAUCCUCAGCCGGGUCAAUGCUAUGUAUGAGCGCGGAGAGCUGGGAAUGCCGCCUAUUCACUUCCUCAUGUGGAGGAUGAGUGUCUCCCUGGAGCGCUUUCCACACGACCCCAUGAAGUCAUUCUGGCGCGUCAUGGUUGACAAGAACCACGGUGCUUACGACAGCAUUCUUCGGCAAGCUGAGAUCAGAGGUGCACAGCAUACCGGUGACUACAACUUCUACUUAGGUCGAUGGAAGCAGGCAUCUUCUGCCAGAGAGCAGACCCAUUCGUCCGCAUUGACGGGUAGCAGAUCAGCCGCCCCUGACGCAGGAAUUGCACAGCCUCGAGCAGGUUUCCAUGAGGCCUUUUUCCAGCAGCAACAGCAGCAGCAGAAUCUGCGUGAGCCUGAUUCUAACCUUACCUUGAACCCAACAGAGGCGUUGAGGUUGCAAAUGCAGAUGCAGACAUCUUUCACACAAGAAGAGAGACGACAUGUCAGUGAUCGACGCAAGACGCACCACUCUUUAGAGGCCUUUGAUACAUCGACCUCUGAUCACGACGGUAGCUACUCGCGCCCUGCCAAGAGGCUGCAGCAUGGUCUCGGGCCAUUCCUUGACCGGACCAUUAUGGAGACCGAGCCUUCUAUGGAUCUUGAAGCGGAGAUUGGACAUGGAGCUCACACUCGGACAUCUACAUUCGGGGUUGUGGAUGCCCCAAUGGAGGAUGAACUUCAGCUGGACAGCUUCGAGAAGAGCAUGGCCGACGAUGAUGAUUUGGCAACCGAGGCAACGGCUCCGAUUCCCCAAACUACCAGCGUCGAAACCCCAGUCGACAAUCGCGAAUGGAUUGACAUGUUUGUCGGCUCGGAAGAGAUCAGAAGACAGAUCCAGCCCACAAACAUGGAGGCCAUCAGAGCUUCAGUCGGAGAAAGUCCUUUCCCAAAGGAUACUGGAAGAAGAGUUUCUCACGGAUUUGUCUUCCCCUGGUACCACAGCGAGGAAGCUCAGAAGCUGGACGAGUUGGGAUUCCCUUUCUAG